UAUUCUGCGGGACGAUGACUUCGACACAAAGAAGUGAGAGUGUCAAUUCUACCGUCAAGCAUGGUUAUUGUGACAAUUCAACGGCAAUACAUGAGUUUGCGAAGUCAUUCUUGGAACUUUUGGCGCAUAAUAAGGAGAAAGAGGCAGAAGAGGAGUUCAAUUCGCAGGCCCCGGUUAUUGCCUCGACAUUUUAUGGCUACGACAAUCAGCUUAGCAGAGUGUACACCAGAGCUGUGUACAAGGUGUUCGUGAGUAGACUCAAAUCAAGCACUGCUUUCCGUGUGCGUCCAGACCCGGACAAGGCUGGUUACUACAUGGUGAAGCACACAAGGCCCCCAACUGAUUUCCCUUGGUUAUGUCAUGAAUUUUGGGUGAAAGCUGUAGUGAAUGAGGAAAUUCCUGAGGAAUCAGAAUUUAAUUGCGAGUGCAUGAGAAUUGAGCACACGGGUAUGUUUUGCCCGCAUCUUUUGUGUGUGCUUACAAACCUGCAAGUGGCGCAUAUCCCAUCCCGGUAUAUCCCCAAAAGGUAUACAAGGAAUGCCAGGGAAGCUACCCCCAUUUGA